CGUGCACGUGUUAGGUUUACAUUGCAUUUCAACAUAGACAUCUAUUGCAUGCCAAGUUACUAUGCAAAGGAGAUCCUGGAUGCGAAAGGGGAGCGAAAUCCCCUUCUCGGUUUUCUUAGCAAUACUAAUGUAGCACGCGCUAAAAUAACUGAUACCGCAAAGAAGCAGGGAAACGGAAGGGAGGAGAGAGCCGCAAACUAUGCAGCGAGGAUGAUUUCUGCCAGAAAAACUCCGGAGAAGAGUCGCUAUCGUAUUCAUUCUCUGGUGUGGCAUAAUAAACAUUGGCAACUGGAGAAAGAGCUUUCAUUGUGUGAGCAGGUAGAUUUAGAAGUGUUGGACCCACGUGGUCGGACUCCUCUCCACCUGGCCGUGACCUUGGGCCACCUAGACUGCGCCCGUCUGUUACUCCAGCAUGGAGCCGAUGUCAGCAAAGAAAACAGAAAUGGUUGGACAGUGUUGCAGGAAGCCAUCAGCACACGUGACCCAGAGCUGGUACGCCUGGUGCUGCGUUACCGUGACUACCAGCGCAACACUAAGCGUCUGGCAGGGAUUCCGCGCCUACUGGAGAGACUCCAGCAGGCGCAAGACUUUUACGUGGAGAUGAAAUGGGAGUUUACGAGCUGGGUUCCUUUAGUGUCUCGUAUUUGUCCAAGUGACACUUAUCGGGUAUGGAAAAGUGGUCAGUGCCUGCGCGUGGAUACGACGCUUAUGGGAUUUGAGCAAAUGACCUGGCAGAGAGGCAAUCGCAGCUUCAUAUUCAGGGGUGAAGACUCCAGUGCCAUGGUAAUGGAAGUGGAUCAUGAUAGACAGCUAGUGUUUUGCGAGACGCUGCCAUGCCUGUCUUCCUCCACUUCUUUGCCCCCUUCCCCCUCUUCCAGGGUGUGCACUACCUCUUUGAACCUGUUAGGGGCGCUACAGCCCAGUGAUGAACAGGUGGCAGCCCGUCUAUCCGCUCCCGUGGUGGCCACGCAGCUCGACACCAGGAACAUCUCCUUUGAGAGGAAUAAAACAGGCAUUCUUGGCUGGCGAAGUGAGAAAACGGAGGUGGUGAACGGGUAUGACGCAAAGGUUUACUGUGCCUCUAACGUAGAGCUGAUCACACGAACACGCACUGACCAUCUCACCGACCAGCACAAAACAAAACAGAAAGGUGGUAAGACACCUCUGCAGUCCUUCCUGGGUAUCGCUGAGCAGCAUGUGGGCCAAAACAAUGGACACACUCUGGUGACGCAAACAUCUUUCCCUGCAACAAACCCAUCUGCCCUGACGGCUGAGGAGUACUUUAACCCAAACCUGAGUCAGAGUCAAAGAGACAUUGGCCAGCCCAGUCACCUCACCACCAAAACACAAAGGUUCAAAGCUAAGCUUUGGCUGUGUGAAUCACACCCGCUAUCUUUGGAAGAGCAGGUGGCUCCUAUCAUCGACCUCAUGGCCAUCACCAACGCCCUGUUUGCUAAGCUUAGGGACUUCAUCACAUUACGCCUGCCCCCUGGAUUCCCUGUCAAGAUAGAAAUUCCCAUCUACCACAUCCUGAAUGCACGUAUUACCUUCGGGAACCUGAAUGGCUGUGAGGAGUGCGGUUUGCCUCGGGUGGAUGCUGAGGGGGACGGACAGAAGGACAGUCUCAGGACAGAGACCCCGUCUCCAGGCAGCGACUCUUCCAGCGUAUCCAGCUCUAGUUCCACAAACUCAUGUCGUGGAGGAGAGAUCCUACCAUGUGUGUUUGAAGCUCCACGGGGCUACAGUAUGUUAGGAGGAAACCAGAGGCAGAACAUGAGAGAAGAGGAAGAUGAUCUGUUACAGUACGCCAUACAGCAGAGUCUUAUAGAAGCUGGAUCAGAGUACGACCAGGUGACAAUCUGGGAGGCUUUGACCAACAGUAAGCCGGGAACACACACUCUGUCCUGUGACCCCAGCCGCCUCGAAAGGUCUGCAAGGUCACAAUACUCUUCUUUUCCAUUACCUAGAACGCCCCCGCACAAACCCAGCCCCAUGGAGAGCCCUCGCAGCACACCAACCAAUAAACCACCACGCAGCUACAACGAGCAGCUGCGUCUAGCCAUGGUACUGUCCGCCCGAGAGCAGGAAAAGGCGGAGCUUCACCAGAGACAAGAUGAAGAGGAACUGCAGCGAACCAUACAGCUGACACUCAUGGAGAAGUGACACAACCUGGGACUAAUGUGAAACAAAGGGUGGGAGAGCAUGCCUGGGGAUACGUAACCAACAAGGACUGAUUGGCCGUUCUCAAAUGCCCCACCCUGUUUUUACAUUGAAGUGAACAGUAACUUCAGGCCAGUCUGGGCCAUUCAGAAUGUCCUCACUCUACAAGUUUACAACCACAAACUACUAAACUCAUGGCAAUCCUCUAAAUGAUCAGGACAAGUUUGGAGCAUGAGGCCAUUCUUCAAAUGUGUGUUUGUGCAUUUUUGGCUAAGAAAUCUCUUUUUUUUUAGCACAUUUCUGAAAACCUUCAUCCAAGCACUCAGAAAAAGGUUUCUCAGGCUCAAUGAGGAACUCUACAGGGAAAUUUGAAUUUUUGUCACUUUUUAAUUUUACAUUAUGGAAGCAAAGCAUUUUGGUUUUUAUGGGACAAAGAUCUCUGCACUUGAAGAACAUCUAAGGGCACUUCCACAUUUGGGUCGCAGCAUAUAUAUAUUUAUAUAUAUUUUUGUUUCUAGCCAGAUUGAUCAUUCGACCAGUGGAGAAAUUAUUGUAUUGGUACAACUGACUGGUAAUAAGAAGAACGUUUUAUUAAAAAAGCCAUUUAAGGUACACAUCAUUUGUGACUAAAUGAUUCUAUUGAAUCUGAACCAGAUCCUCAUUGCAAUACUCAUAAUUUGUGUUCUAAAUGCAAUUCUCAGCUAAACUCAUAAUUCACAUACAAUGCAGUGUGUGUGCUCUACUUUAAAUGGUGCCAAGUUAAUCUUUAUUAUCAACUCUUGGAUAUGUUAAUCAGUGAACUUGUCAUGACUAGCAUUCAUCAGUCUGUUCAAUAACUCAACAAACAAGUCAUCCUUCUGUUUAAGAUUCUUUCAUGGCCUCCAUUCAGUGCUUCCUUCAACAUUACCAUUAGAGCUCAUUGUCCCGAACAGAUUGCUUUCAUGACUGGAACACCUGGGGUAGCUAAUCAAAAAUCUAAUUGUGCUUUCAUAAGGAGUGCCAGAAUAAAACAUGAGAUGAGGAAUCACUCGUAGAGAGAUAAUGCCCUUAGCUAAGACUUGGGGGGGAUCUAAAAAUAGAUGUUUCUUCUGAGUCAGAUUUAGUCUGGGCUUGAGUGACGUGCCCUCAGGGUUUGAGGUAUCAGGUGAAACUGAUAAACAAAUUAGGAAACGGCUAUACUUCACUUCGGAAAAGCAUCGACGUAAAAGCACAAGGCAUUAAAGGGAUAGUUCACGUAAAAAUGUACUGCCCACCAUGUUGUUCCAAAUCUGUAUGACUUUCUUUCAUCACAAAAGGAGAUGUUAGGCAGAAUGUUUUGUUUCAGUCACCAUUUACUUUCACUGCAUCUUUUUCCCAUAUAAUGAAAGUGAAUGGUAACAAACUAAUGUUGAACCUAAAAUCUCCUUUUGUUUUCCUCAAAUAAAAGAAAGUCAGAUGGGCUUUUGGACAACUUUUCUACAAAAUGUAAAUUUUUGGGUGAACCGUCUCUUUAGCGGCCAUGAUGUUUUCAAAGGAAAAGUAACUAAUGAAAGUCUGUCGAGUGGUUUAGCUCCUAGUAAACAAAUAUGUACAUUUGAUUUUAGAGAGAAUUAUUUGUGCGACUUGUGAAUGCCAGGGUUCACAAGAUCAAUGUUUUAGGGUAACAUAUUAUAAGAGCAUUAUUUACAUUUAACCAUUUUUUUUUAUAUAUGGACCUGAUUUGGUUGGCGCUGUGGUUUGUGUGGAGUGCUGCUGUAGUGUUUGUAUUUGACUGAAUUAUAUUGUUCACAUUUGUAACUUAAGGCAUUCUGAAUAAAGGA